UUGUUACUUGGCAACGGCUAACGCCAUGUAAACCGUCUCGUGCGCUGGUUAGCUUGAAGGCUAACUUAGCAGACACAACCAGAUUAUAAUGUCUGAUGAUGAUCUAGAUAAACUGCUUGAUGAAGUUGAAAAAAAGUUUUGUUGUAACGUUUCUGUGGAGUCUUCGGAUGCGCCAAACUCGAGCCAAACUGGGGCGAAUGUCAACGACGGACGAGGAAAAAAUAGUAUAGCUAAACUAAAUCGAUCUGAAAGGGACAUCUCUGAAGACAUUGAUGCACUUCUGGAAGAAUUGCUGGAGGACAAAGACCCGUAUUCCCCUCAAUUAAAGACUGAACAAAAAUGCCCUAAAGAAACACAAGUAGAGAAGAAGCUGUCAACUCAAACUGGGAGACGAAAAUGCUGUCCUGUCUUCGUUGGCGGGAGCGCGGUCACAAAUGGAGUCGGAACAGCCACGUCUAAAAGGUCAUGUGACCAGCUGCGAUGUAUAUCUUGUGACUUCCGGGUGUUGAUGUUUGAUGACUGCGAGUGGGACCAGUCCUGUGAUUAUCUAUUUCUCAGAAACAACAUGCCGGACUGUGAGAAGCUCAGGAAGAAGCUGAAGAAGAGGCGAGGGCAGAGAGCGUACGCCUGCCAGUGCAGCUGGUUCUCUGCUUCAGAGCCCGCCGACCUCCGGGAUCAGCCUCAGCUCCGAUGGGCGAGCGGUAGAGUUUCCACAAUCCACGCGGAUCGUCUGUGUGACUGUUCUUUGCAGUGGACCUCGCCUCUGGCUCAUCUCGCAACCCCAGCUGUCCUCCAGUUCCAUCUGGAUGAAAACCAUCUGCUACAAUAUGCUAAC